GCAACAUUUGACGAAAUCAACAGGCACUUCGGUGAGCUGCUGUCCAAAUUAUCGGAUGGUGACGAAGCAUAUGAGCUGAGUGUUGCGAAUAAACUCUUCAUCCGCGAUGGCCUGGAUUUGCUUGAGUCGUUUUUGCAAUUAAUUAACACAACGUAUGAAGGUCAGCUGCAGCAGGUCAACUUCGCCGAGUCCGAAGAAACUGCUAAGAAGAUUAAUGAUUGGGUGAUGGAGAAAACAAAAUCAAAGAUACGAAAUCUGGUGAAUUCGAAGAUGCUCACAGAAGCAACCAAAAUGAUCAUCGUCAGUGCGAUCUAUUUCAAAGGAAGUUGGAAGAAGCCUUUUCCGGAACGACGCACUGAAAAGAAACCGUUUUACUUGUCCGAAAAUGAGCAAACUGAGGUAAAUGUUUGA